GCAUUAUCUCGUGUCUCUACACACACAAAGCUCUGGCAGCAUUGUUAACACUGACUCCAAGUAGAAAAGUAGACAAGCAUCGUAAGUGUCUGCUUCUCAUAUACACAACCAGGUCUCCUGCCGCAUGAAGUCAGGCUCCUUCUUAUUCGGCAGUCUGUUAUUUCUGUGUACCCGUCAAUAUCUGCAGAUUUAUAGCAGCCCAAAGCAAGGCUCAGCACUUGGGAAAGUAAAUUACUUUUUUUGAAAUAGCUGGAUUACAUGGAGUUUCUUUAGUAACAAAGAAUUGUAACCAGACUUCUGGAACAGCUUACAGAUAAGGAAGUACUUUUUGGUUUUGACUGCUGUUAUCAGACAUUUAUUAUAGCUAAAAGAACAUGGGAAGAACAGGAAAUGAAGGGCAAAACUGCUACUUUCUAAAACACAGCAAUUCAGACACCCAAGAGCUUGGUGAGCAGGAAGAAGGAAAAUGCUGGGGUCAGUACUGCAGCAUGUCAAAAUGGGCAUUCCUUCCUAUCAUACUAACAUCUGGAGCCAUUAUUGGACUGUGGUCGGUGUAUGGAAUCUCUAUUGCCAAUGCGUCUGUAAAUGCCACAGCAAAAUUCCCUUAUAUUAGUGCAUGUGGUUCAUAUCCUCCACAAAGCUGCAUUUUUUCACAAAUACUGAACCUUGGAGCAUUUCUCAUGGUUUGGGUCAUUUUGAUAAGAUACCAGCAGGUCAAAGAGUCUGAUGGACACUGUGUUCUCAAUACCAUCGCCCUCAUUGCUGGAGUAUUGUGUGCUCUUGGGAUGUCAAUUGUUGGUAACUUCCAGCAAGUCCAUGUGAGAGUGGUUCAUCUCAUAGGAGCAUUUUUGGCCUUCGUAAUAGGAGUGAUUUACUUCUGGCUUCAGACUGUACUGAUGUUCAAGGUGAAACCCCAGCAUGGAGGAUGUUAUCUCAAACUGAUCAGAAUCGUCCUGUGUAUUAUUUGCACAGUUCUCAUCAUUACCAUGGCCGUUCUUCACAAUAUACGCUUGAAGAGCAUGGCAGCGAAGUGCGAAUGGACAGCAGCAAUGGGAUUAAUGUUGCUCUUUGGACUUUUUGCAGUGGAAUUUCGUCAUAUUGAAGGACAUUCUUACAAAAUCAAAAAUAAGAAAAGAACAAAUCAGCCAACUGAGAAGCAGGCCUCUACUAUGAAUGAUGGUAUAGGGCUACCUUGUUAACCACUAGCAUACAUUUUACUAUUUAUGAUUGUACAGUAUUAACUUUUUGAAGUCAUUCUACAAGGCCUUAGCUCCAACAUUUCCAUUAGUCUUCCAUUUCAAAAAAGCAAGGAACAGUCUACAUGACAUGGCUACAAUCAGUGGCUACAGACUCUGUUAUGGAUAUUGAUAUACUUGUUUAAAUGUUUUUUUUUUAAAUCUCCAAAAUGACUGGAAUAUCUUUUAGCAAUGUCUAAGGAUAAACCAUUGUUCUUUGUUUUUUUUAUACUGGAAUAUAUGUCACCUCUACAAGAAAUAAGUAUUAAGAUUUGAAAUGGGGUUUUAGUGGGAAAGGUGACUUUAAUACAAUGCAGCCUUACCUAAUUCAAGUUACCUGAUGCAGCCUUAACUUACCUCAGCAGCCAAAUGUGACCAAGGGUAAAGUUCCACAUAAGAACAAACAAUGUAGCCUGUAUUAUCAGAAGCCCUGUCAUGAAAGGCACCAGAUCACAGAUGAAGAGGUCAGAAAAUCUCACGUGGAAUAUGUUUUAGGAGGGGACAACGUUCAAAAAAGUACUUAGAAAAAAAAAUUAUGGUAAAAACAUUACAUUGUUUUUCAGUUACAUGUAAGCUUGUAAAACCUCAAGUGUUUCUCUCACCAUUUCAACUUUAAGCUUGUGUUUCCUUGUUUGUUAUCAUUUUGCUAUAAAAUGAAAUGGUGGUAGUAAAUGCAAGGUCCUGUGUACAAAGUAUUGGCAUAUGACAUUGCAGAUGAGUUUUUCAUUAUGUAGAUAUACAUUUUUUAACCAUUUCAAUGGCUAAAACCAAGUAUGAGAGAGUAAUUAUUGUUUUACUACAGAGCAUAUUUUCUUAUUUAUAAAAAUUAAAAUAAUUUUGAAUUAACA